AUGCUCAUUCUAUUUCUUCUUAUUCUUCCACUAAUCUCAGCUGAUAAUAAUAAUACAUCUAUAAUAUAUAUUCAUGAAGAACUUCCACCAAAUACUUUAUUGUUACAAUCGAUAUCAUCAACAAAUAGUCUACAAUGGUUACCAUCAUCGUAUCUAUAUCGAAUUUACUUUAAUUUAAAUCAAAAUCAAUCAUUAUAUACAACUAACCAACGUCUUGAUCGAGAAGAACUAUGUGAAAGAAAUCUAUGUAAUUGUACAUAUUGUGUAUUAACAUUAAAUUUUUUGCAAACAUUUUCUACAAAUAACAUUUCAAUUCGUACCAUUCAAAUUGUUAUUGAAGAUAUUAAUGAUCAUGCUCCAACAUUUAAACAGUCGUUUAUUAAACUAUCCAUUGCAGAAAAUGUUCCCAUAGGUUAUGAAAUUCCACUUGAAUCAGCUAUUGAUAAUGAUUACGGUUUAUAUUCGAUACAAAAUUAUAAAUUACAUCCAAUAAUAAAUAAUCCAUUUCGUUUAAUACAAACAAAUAAACCUGUAUUGAAAUUAAUGGAACCGUUAGAUCGCGAAUUAAAAUCAAAUUAUUUGUUGCAAUUAAUUGCUGACGAUGGUGGCUCAACACCGUUGUCGGGUCAACAAAAAAUCGAAAUUAUUAUAACUGAUGUGAACGAUCAUCCGCCAGUUUUCGAUCGUACGAUUUAUCAACAAUCGAUUCCGGAAAAUAAUAAAAUCAAUACAGUUAUUUUACAAAUUCAUGCAAACGAUCGCGAUGAAAAUGAAAAUGCUCGUCUUAGUUAUUCGAUUGAAGAUUCAUCAUCAACAUUUCGUAUCAAUGAACAUACAGGAGAAUUAUAUUUAAUUAAACCUUUAGACUACGAGAGAAUACGUUCAUAUUCAAUAUCAAUUACAGCUCAUGAUCAUGGCACGCCACAAUUAAGUAAUUAUGCACAAUUGAUAAUUGAUAUCACGGAUAUUAAUGAUAAUAGUCCAAGUAUUCUAAUAACAAAUAUUAAUGGUAGUCAUUAUGAUAGUCAACCAAUUAGUCUAUCAGAAUGUGCUCCCAAAGGCACUUCACUAUUCUAUAUCUAUGCCAAUGAUGAAGAUACGAAUGAGAAUGGUCGUAUUCGUUGUUCAGUAAAUGAUACUCGUUUAAAUUUAGUCUAUUUAACAUUGAAUGCAUAUUCAUUACAAAUAACUGGUUCACCUUCAUUCGAUUAUGAAACUGAACAAUUCGUAAUUAAUAUUGAAUUAACUUGUAAAGAUGAUGGUCAUCCAUCGUUGUCGAAAACUGUUCUUUUCCAUAUUCUACUAGAAGAUUGUAAUGAUAAUCCACCUGAUAUUAUUUCAUCAAUACCCUAUAAUGAAACCAUAUUGAUAUCCUAUGAAACGACUGAAACUCCAUUUAUUAUAACACAAUUUGAAAUUGAAGAUCGUGAUCUUUUUCAAUUGAAUCUAUUUUCAUAUUCAUUUACAGUAACACCAUCGCUUGAUUUAAGUUUAACGAAUAAUGGUACAUUAAUAUUACGCACGAUGCCUUUAAAUCUUGGUUCUUAUAUAGUAAAUGUAACUGUUGCCGAUAGCGGCAAUUUAACUAAUACAAUAUCGAUACCAAUUAAUAUCUAUUCAAUAAAUGAAACAAUGUCAUUGAGAAAACUUAGAAUGGAAAAUAUAAGUUUAGUGUUAGUUUUAUCGUUUUUUAUUAUAAUUUUUAUUGCUUCAAUUACAAUUGGUAUAUGUUUUCUAAUUGGAUUUCUCUUUCAACGGAAAAAGAAAUCUCCAUGUUUAUGUUGUUAUUCAUGUUUUAAUAUUCAACAGAAAUCUAUACGAAAUUCUUCGUGCGAAAGUAUGAAUAGUUCAAAUGAACGAGCUGAUUCAUUACAAAAAACAACAAUUGAAGUUCUCGACGAUGGAGUUAAUUCAUCCAAUCGUAUCUAUCAGUAUGGACUUAAAGAAGCGAAUGAUUUAAAAGUAGUCAAUACUCGUGGUAUUGACCGCGGUGAUUUCAGCUAUUCGGAAAAGGUUGAACGAUAUUUAACACAUUUAAAUAAUGGAAUUGUUGGCAUUGAUGCGAAUUAUUCCGAUGAUGGUGUUUAUGGCUCAUCGGAUUUAUCGUCGGAUCGCAUACAAAAAUUUUCCAUUCGACCACCAUCUAUUAUAUCUAUACCAUCAUCACAACAGCAUUAUCAAGAUAGUUUAAAACGUUUUGAACAAUUAUAUUCCUUUGUUGAACAUCGUCAACAAGCAGCAUUUACAUCUGAUAGUCUUUAUGUAUAA